AUGGCCUACAUACAAAGUAUCUCGAUUUUGCUGUUCCUUCUUGCUGGUUUUUUCUGCCUUCAACUUUCACUAACCGAAGCAAGGCAACUUAAAUCGCUCAAUAAACAAGAAAAACACGACUUCCCAGCUACUUUUCCUGCCAAUUCUUCUCCUCAAAUUGUAGGACGAAAGCACGUUCCCUGGCCAACGAAUCAAAAACAAGAAAUCGUCAGUUCGGAUGCAAGGGGUGUAAAUGAUUUUCGACCUACAGCACCAGGAAAUAGUCCUGGAAUUGGUCACUCUUUUCCAUCCGAAAAGGACAACGUUCACGCAAAGACUGAUGAUUUUCGACCCACAGGUCCCGGUCACAGUCCCGGUAUUGGUCAUUCUUUUGCAAACAAGACCAAAGGACCAAAUGCAUAA